AUGAGCCCCCAAAACACAAAGCCCAAGAAUUUUACACAGUUCGCCACCACCGUGAAGAUGGUGGCCAAGCUGGAUGAGCCCGAAGAGCAAAACUACGUGAGAAAGCACACCCGCCAACUAGCUGAAAAACUCAGUGUGUCGAUGCGCGAAGCGGCCACCCGUAUCUUCUCCAACGCCUCCGACUCCUACUCCUCUAAUGUUAACCUUGCCGUCGAAAAUUCCUCCUAGAAUGACGAGAAAUAGCUCCAAGACAUGUACCUUAGUCGCAAAUCCUUUGCCUUUGACAGUGACGCUCCAGGCAUCGGCAUGACCGAGAAGCGCAAGGUCUUCAAAAUGGCCCUCAGCACCACAGACGCCAUGUUCAAAAACCUGGACUCAUCAGAGAUAUCGCUGACCGACGUAAGCCACUACUUCGACUCUGACCCGACCAAUUUGGUGGAGAACCUCUGGAAGGACGGGAAGAAGCCGAGCUCCUACAUUGCGGAUACGACGACUGCGAACGCGCAGGUGAGGAUGUUGUCAGAGACUGUGAGAUUGGAUACGAGGACUAACCUCGAAUACAGGCCGGCUACACUUCAUUUUCAUUUUGUCCAAAAGAAAAAGAAAUAUAGAAUAGGAAUUAUGGUUGAGAGUGAUCAGAGAAUUUCUUGA